AUGCGACACAAGAAAAUUCGUGCAGCCUAUAAACGACGUGCACGUGAGUUUCAUCCAGAUAAAAAUGUUAAUGAUACGACUAGCCUAUUUCAAGCGAUGGAACUAGCCUAUGAAACACUGAAUGAUGAAAAACGACGGAUGGAUUAUGAUGCAGAUGCUGAUUUAGAGAAGGAUGAUGACAAUGAUGCUGAUGAUAUAUUUAGUGCAACAACUAAUGAACUGAUGCGCUUACAUGUGGGUACAAAAUUCUCUGAAGUCUAUAAAAGUCGUAUUGAUCAGCACAUUGCGAAAUACGUACACGAACGUGAAAAUUGUGAACCUUAUGAAAGACUAUUUGAUAAACCAGGAAAACCGUUGGCUCUUGAAGAAAUCAUCGGUUCGGACGUAUGGAACUGGAAAGCGGUAGAAAAAACGUCAGUGUAUCUACCUAUAUGGAAUCCACGUGAAAAAUGGAAUGAAUUACCAUGUUUAAUUCAACAGUUAAAGGAACCAAUUCGAAUUAUGUGCACAUCUGAACGAUAUUGGACAUUAUUUAUUGAUAGAUAUGACAAUGAUAAAACUGAAUUGAUGAAACUUCCAAAAUUGCUAGCUCAGACAACAUUCAUCGAUUAUUUGCCGAACUCAAAUGAAGUUCAGCAAUUAAAAUCUAUUUUCGAUAAAUAUGACUAUAAACAUAGUCUGUUAGUUAAUAUACGACAUUCCUCGGUGACUUGUCUUGUGGCGAAUGAUGGUGAGAAGUCCUUUGUUAAUACGUCCUAUCUCUGCGCGGAAUGGAAGACAGAGGGCUUGUAUGUGAUUUCAUCGUGGUGAUGGGACGACACUGAUGCUAUUCUAUUAAAUAAUGUAGUACAGUCAAGGAACGUGUUGAAACCGAAGCAUGUUUCAAUAACAACAACCUGUCUCUUACAAUCUGGUAUACGGGUGAUGAGCUAGACGACAAAUUAUUGAUGUCGUGGUCAUCCCUUGUAAUCGAUGGCUCUGUUGAUCGUUCUCGUAUUACCACUGAAUUCCUUGUGGGAAGCUGCAUAUCGAACUGUUUGUUAUGAAUUUUUAAUAUACUAUAACAGAAACACACUGAUUGGAAGAAGCCUCUAAAACUCGGUCCUCCUAACUAGAAUACUUAUCACAUCUGUAUUAUCUAUUCAAUUUGAAAAGUGAGCAAACGGAGUAUUAAUAUUACCUAUGUUUAGUGAUUGACUAUAGAGCUCCUAAAAGUAUACUGCCAGUUUCAGAUAUUUUUUCGUUUGACUUUCUUGAUAUAAGCUAAGUAGAGAGCUGUACGGCGAACCUCCUUGUAUAUCAAAUAAAAUUGAAAUAUUUAUUAUCAAAAUUGAAAGUAGUUUACGAUUCGAAGUGCGUAUGAAAAAAUCGACUAAUCGACUCAAAGGAUCGAAGUACUACUAUAGGAUUCAAAAUAUAAGAUACUAUGCGCCUCUUUGAAUAACUCCGUAAUGCAACGAGAUAUUCCGAAACAGUUUUCGUCAAUUUGUAGCCAAGUCCGCGGGACAUCGAACUACAGAAGAAGAAAAAUUUUCAACCGGGUUAGUUUAAGCUUUUUAUUCAAAGAAAUCAAAAAAAAGGAAACAAGUAAAGAAGACCAAACAAGUGAAAUCGUUGUCCUAGGGACUACAUUGUAUCUCCUGAGAGGAAUCCUUAAACAGAACAGCAUCUUAAAAUAAAAAUGGACGA